AUGGCAGAGCUUCUGGGCAUCGUCGCUGGCGGAGCUGGACUUGCCUCUCUGGCACUCCAGUUAGUUGAUGGCGGCCAGAGACUGCGACAGCGCUACAAGAACGUCAAAGGCCUCGGAGGCAACAUCUCAUGGCUCAGUGAGGAUAUUGAGCUCAUUGGCAAGCAACUCAUCCAACUCGAGACCAGCGCGGAUGACAUCAUGCAAGAGCAGCUUGGCCCGAUCAUGAUGGGGAGAUGUCGAGACCGCUCUGCGAGAGUGGCAGAUCGCUUAGCAAACCUGGCUGGUGAUAUACCAGUCAACUCUUCAAGAAGACAGAUCAUACGGACUACAUUCAGGUCGGGUCAAUGGAAGGGUGAGCUUGACGAACUUCAGGCCCUCGUCACUGGUCUCAAGCAAGACAUAUCACAGUACGCUACUCCUCUAUCCGCGGUGAGAAGUAAAACUCACCAUCAAACUUACAGACUUUACAUUAUUCAGCAACACUUAUACAUGCGCAACAGCCGGAGUUCGUUAGUUACAGCGGACGCUACAUCUUCAAUGACCCCAAUCUCCGGUCUGUCAACAGAGAUUACUCCACACGAUAACACUUUAGGCACUACUGCGACUUAUCAAAACGAUAUCAUUCAAUAUUUGUCAUGUAACUGUGAUUGCUCAUGCCACAAGAAGCGUACAAUAAGUGGCACCUUCUGGCGUCUGCAAUACUCCCCCCUGGCUGAGAUAUUCCAAGGUUGCGAUAAUCCGGACUGUUCUGUGAGGCGUUACCGUUUUGAUCUUCGAUUGACGUUGUAUCACUACGGGAUCCCAUUGAAAGUAGCUCUGGGGCUUGAUCUCAUCUCUGAGCCAGGACGAUAUUCUCUUCAGCCAUGUCUACAAAUCGAAACUGUCGUUGACUUCGAUGCACCUGGCUUUGUGAUUCUGGAAAGGCUGGCCUUGGAAGAAAUAGACUGGGUAACAGCCGAGACUGAGUUGAAAGGUCUAUAUAAGUCUUGUCCUGGAUUUGUGAAUCAGGUGGCUACUCAUAAUGUCGAAGCAUAUACUGGUAGGAAUGGUGAAGACUCUAAAACUAUCACGAACCUGAUCCGGCUUUUCGUUUCAUCGUUCCGUACCAAAGAAACAUCUCACAGCGUAGGGUUGGUCCCCCUUCCCUCUCACUGCUAUGCCGGUUCGCGGCCGUUAACAUGUAGCAGUCUCUUGAGACAACUACUGUAUCUGAUGGAACUGGGGUAUGUGGGUUCUGUUGACUCUCUCGUUGCUCUUGGAUGCGAUUUCAAGACUGUGGUGCCCACUUUGUCCUCUUGGCCAACACCCUUCAUUUACGAAGAUGACCCUUUUCAUUUCCAGCGUAUGAAGGCAUUUAUCAGAAUGUAUACAAAUUUUGGAGAUAGUCCUCCGCUUCACAGCUCAACAUUGUUUGACUCGGAUGAAAGUUUCACACUUUGCCUUAAGAGAAACACACAACCAUUCGAUACGAUUGUCAACUUCUUGGGUCAAUCGGCACUUCACAUGGCAGUACAACAGCCUUCACGUGUGGCUCAACUUCUAGCUGCUGGGCAUCCAGUUGAUCAGAGCGAUGAGUAUGGCAGGAGCCCUUUAUUGUAUGCCGCAGCGAUGAAUAUUCCAGACACAGCUAUGAUGCUUGUCGAGAAUGGUGCCAGCUUAUUUAGCACUCUAGGUGCUUGCUAUCCGAUUAUCUGCACAGUUGCUGCACGGCAGAACUGGACUUUGGUAUGGUGGAUCAUCGAUUUUGCAGCAGCAUCCCAUCCUGAUCUUACCUCUCGCCUAAUUCGAGACCUAUUGGAAUGGAAUUUCGAAGAAAAUUACCGCGUCGCACACGGACAACAUGAUUUAGUAGACUUCUGGUCCCGGGUGAUCUCUAAACUCGGCAGCCCCAACUUCUCCUUCCAGGAUGGCAGGACCUUGAUGCAUAUGACCCAUGGUGUCAGAUCGGCGAGAGCGUUGAUAAAAUUGGGCUUCAAAAAAUUCAAGCAAACAGAAGGAGACUUACUUGAGCACAUCGCUUCGUUGCAUGAUCUGCCGUUGUUUCGGUUUGCUCUCACGAAUGGUGGUGAUGCGCAUUUGCACAACCGCUGGGGUUGGCGCAUCCUUCACAUGCUGCUUCGAGAUCUUACAUUAAGUAGCUCAGUGAGCUUUUCAAAGAUCUUGGAAUUAUUGCAGGCCCUCCUUGACAGUGGAGUCGAAGUUUCGUCCCAUGAUGAACGGGUGUGCAAUUGCUUGGUUGGAGGAUGCGUUCCGGGUUCUAAAUGGCUAUUGAUUAGACCAAAUCUACAUUUAUUUGCGUGGCUUGAGGUAUUAGAAAGGCAGAGAGGUAUACAAGAGGCUACGAAAGUUUCCCUCGUCCUUCUACGACAAAUGGCUUUUGAUCAAGCUGGUCUACAUCACAUUUGCGCAGAAUGCCACUCUGGUUUUAGCUCUGAUGUCGACAACGAUCGAUUUUGGGAUAUUGCUGAGCAAAUCAGCAUCGAUGAACUUAAGAAAGAGAUGGAAGACCUGGCUACCAAGGCGUACCCGGAGUUGAAGAUCGAGGUCAUGGCUCGUCUUCGUGGUAUGUGGAGGAAAGCAUGUGCGGAAAAAGGGCCUCCCAAGUUGUCACGUAGCCUGAUACAAAGUAUUUCAAGGCUCAGGGCGAAUGAUCUGAAAGAAUUGUUGCAGCUAAUUCGAUCCUCGAGUUAUCCCAGUAUUCCAGAGCCUUUCUCAAGCUCUUGGGAUCACAUACUUCGGAAGAAAGUGGAAUCUAAUCAGUGGAUAGUGGGCCAUGAUCUUGAAGUAGCGGUGAUCGAGCUUGGGGUUGGGCUUUAUCGAUGCGGAGGUGAUCAGUUUGAGAGCUGGAUUCCACUACUGACCCAAUUGACGGACAUCCUGCUUGCCGAAGAACCAGAGGUUUUAGAAACCUGA